ACUACGCUGUCACGCUCUGCCCAGGCAGCCCGUAGAUGUGAACCGCUCCAGCAUCCCUGCGUGCGGCUAUGGUGCAAAUGUAUAUCUAGAAAAUCUAUCAGAAAAUAUGUAAGAAAGAAAGGACAGGAAAACGAUAGAAAAAUGUACCUUUGCUCCGCGUUAGCAUUUGCAAUGAGAAGGGGACCGAUAUGACCGGGCGGACUGUCUGCGGUGGCUCUCUAUGGAAAGGGGAUGCUAUUCUGAGGGAAAUGCGGAAUCUUUUUCUCUGUAGGUGUUAACGUUAGGAAAUUACAAGAUGAAGAAGCAAUUUAAUCGGAUGCGACAGCUCGCCAACCAAACGGUGGGCAGGGCAGAGAAAACAGAGCCGUUGAGCGAUGACCUGUUACAGGUGGAGAAGCGUCUGGACCUGGUCAAGCAGGUGACCCACAGCACUCACAAGAAGCUGACGGCCUGUCUCCAAGGGCAACAAGGGGCCGAGGGGGAGAAGAGAUCCGUCAAGUCCCCGUCGAAGAAGCUGCCCCUCACCAUGCUGGCCCAGUGUCUGGUGGAAGGAGCCGCCGUACUGGGGGACGACUCCCUCCUGGGGAAGAUGCUGACGCUGUGCGGGGAGACGGAGGAGAGUCUGGCCCAGGAGCUGCUCCAGUUCGAGGUCCAGAUAGAGAGGGACGUGGUGGAGCCCCUCUUCGUGCUGGCCGAGGUGGACAUCCCCAACAUCCAGAAACAGAGGAAGCACUUAGCGAAGCUGGUCUUGGACAUGGACUCCUCCCGGACAAGGUUCCACCAGUCGUCCAAGUCCUCCAGCCACCCCAGCACUCUGCAGCCCGGCGCCAAGGCCGAGUCCCUCCGGGAGGAGAUGGAGGAGGCGGCCAACCGGAUGGAGAUCUGCAGGGAUCAGUUGUCAGCAGACAUGUUCAGUUUUGUGGCCAAAGAAAUGGACUAUUCAAAUUACUUUCAGACGUUGAUAGAAAUCCAGGCCGAGUACCACAGGAAGUCGUUAGAGAUCCUCAACAGUGUUCUGCCCCAGAUUAAAGCACAGCAAGAGGCGUGGGUGGAGAAGCCGUCCUUCGGGAAGUCCCUGGAGGACCAUCUGAACAUCAGCGGCAGGGAGAUCGCGUUCCCCAUCGAGGCCUGCGUCACCAUGCUGCUGGAGUGUGGCAUGCAGGAGGAGGGCUUGUUCAGGGUGGCGCCGUCGAACUCGAAGCUAAAGAAGCUGAAGGCGUCGCUGGACUGUGGGGUUCUGGAUGUGCUGGAGUACUCUGCUGACCCCCACGCCAUCGCAGGGGCUUUGAAGUCAUACCUCCGUGAGCUCCCCGAGCCGCUGAUGACCACCGAGCUCUAUGAUGAAUGGAUCCAGGCUUCAAAUCUUCAGGAUUUGGAGAAGAGGCUACAGGGUUUACUGUGCGCCUGUGAGAAGCUCCCCACAGACAACUUGAACAACUUCCGAUACCUGAUCAAAUUCUUAUCCAAGCUGACUGAGUACCAAGACGCCAACAAGAUGACCCCGGGCAACAUGGCCAUCGUACUGGGGCCCAACCUGCUGUGGACGCACACCGACGCAAACAUAACGGAGAUGAUGACCACGGUGUCGCUGCAGAUCGUGGGCAUCAUCGAGCCGAUCAUCCAACACGCCGACUGGUUUUUCCCUGGAGACAUUGAGUUCAACCUGACGGGUUGCUACGGGAGCCCCAUCCACAACAACCACAACUCCAACUUCAGCUCCAUGCCCUCGCCAGACAUGGACCACACGGAGCGCAGGCAGCAGCACGACCUGGGCCGACGGCCUCUUAGCGUCGCCACGGACAACAUGAUGUUGGAGUUCUACAAGAAGGAUGGCAUUAGGAAGAUACAAAGUAUGGGCGUGCGUGUGAUGGACACCUCCUGGGUGUCCCGUAAGGGUUCGUCCACGCUGGUGCGCAAGACCUCCUCCACCCCCCCCGGCCUGCAGGGGGGGGGGUUGGGCCCCCCCGCCGACUCCCUGAUCCUGGAGCAGCCCGGCGAGCUCAGCACCUCGCCCUCGGCUACGCCCCCCCUAUCCUCUACACUCUGCAGCCCCGACGACGUGUCGCCCCUACGGCCGGACCCCUCCCACCCCUACCCUCCCCCGGGGGGCGGGGAAGAGCGCCCGCCCCCCCCCUACCCCUCCUCCUCGGCCCAGCACCACUUCUACCCCAAGCCCCCGCCCUGCGUCCGCCCCGUGGCCCCGGGGCCCGAGUCCCAGCCGCCCAGCUCCCCGCCCCCGCCACUGCGCUGGGCCGGCUUCCCCCCCCCGGCCCCGCCGCCCCCCUCCUCCUCCUCCUCCUCUUCGUCUUCCUCGCUGGACAUCAACUCCAACCCCAAGCCCAGCUGCCUGCACUUCCCCAGCAAGCACGGCGGGGGGGGGGCGGCGGCGGGGCCGGGGGGGGGGCCGGCCGACGCGGCCCACGACACGGCCGGCGCCUCGCCGCUCUACAUGAAGGCCCCCCUGGCGCUGCCCCCCUCCGCGGGGCACGCCCGCCACGACAUGUCCCCCGGGAACCCCCCCAGCCUCCCCUCGUCCGCUCCCCCCCCCCCGCCGUGGGCCGCCUGUCCGUGCGCCCGGGAGAGAGGCCCCUCCUCCAGGCUGACUAGCACCCUGAAGAGCAAAGAGCUGUCCCCCGUCAUCGGACACAAGGGCAUCCAGGUGGUCGGCCCCACCGUCCCGCUCAGCAGCUGCCCCCCGCUGGGCAGCCAGUCCCCCCACUCCACUGAACCCAGUCCACACACCCUCCGCAAAGGCUCCAAGAAGCUGGCGCCGGGGCCGCCCAAGGUCCCGUACGGCGGGGGGGUGUCGGACCAGUCGGCGGGGGGGCAGCCCUCGCCCGUCAGCCUGUCCCCCACCCCGCCCAGCACCCCCUCCCCCUACGGUCCGGCCUGCCCCCCGGGGCCCCUGAUGGCGCUGGGGGCCUCGCCGGGGGGGGGCCAGCCGCCGCCGCCGCCCGGCAGCGGGCCCUACUCGCUGUCGUCGCCGCCCUCCCUGGCCGGCACCCUCACCAAGUCCCGUCCGGGCCACAGCAAGCCCCGGCAGCGGCCAAGCCUGCCCCCGCCCCAGCCGCCCAGCGCCCCCCCGCCCGACCCCGAGCUCCUGGAGGGGCUGUCCCCCGGGGAGAGCAUGUCCACAGAUAUCUUCAAUUAUGAAAUCCCUCCCAUCAAUGUCAAUCUGGACAGCCUCAUCGACGAGUUCAGCGGCGCCCCCUGCAGGAGAUACAUGGGAUACUACAUGGCAGACUCUCCGGAGGGAGACGCUGUCGCGGAGGAGGAGCCCCAGAGCACCACCCUAUGACCUUUGACCUUUUGAUCCCCCCCCCCCCCCCCC